CAGAGGUUCUCGAGAUGGCGAGUCUUCCUAGGCCUUGCCCGCGGCGCCGCGCCGUAACCAACCUUGACGCUACCGCCGCUAUUGAUUCGAGCACGACACAUAACGCUCAGACAAUAUCUUGCCAGGCUAGGACGAGAUUUACACAUGUGUAUGGUGCUGUUUGUCUGUCCUCUAACCGAGCCCAAGGACCGCUAUUUUGGCCGGCUUUUUCCGGGGCCACACCCGCAUAUACAGUCAUAGUACUUGCCUUGAACCUCGCCGACAGAAGUGCCGCAAGAGCGCCUUCCAGAGCACAAAAAAAUAAUACUUGGAAGGCGGCACAUAUGGGACGCGCCCUUACAUUCAGGUCGCAAAUCGUAUCCUUGCGAUUGAGCGAACGAACACAAGACUACCGGAGUGUAGUUAUGAGGAAGUUCAGGGUCUCGGCCAGCCCUAGCUCCCGUCAGAAGGCUUGACAUGGCCAGCAGAAAGCUGAAAGUGAUAUGGACUCUUCCAUAGCUGAAAGGUUUGCCAAUGGAUCUAUAUCGCUUGAGAGCUGGCUGAUAUCUUGGAGGCCUCUUGCACUUCAUGAAGCAGAGGAUAGAGUGCUCCUUCUAUGCGCGUUCAGAGCUUUCAGGAGCCACCCGCUUCAUGAGGCGAAUCCAUGUUGCGUCUCGUUGAUAAGCCCACAUGUCGUUGUAACGGAGGAAAUGAGCAAUGUGCUUACUUGCUUCCUUGUACGAAUCCAUGGGGUAGAAAUCGAAGGAUAAUCUGGUUUCAGCUAUCCAUUACUGAUAGGGCAUACAAUGACUGUGAC